AUGGAAGAAGCAUCCACAGCAGGAGCUGCUGAUGAAGAUAAGCGCGGAAAGGAGGAGAAUGACAAGAGAAUGGACAAGGAUGGCAAGGUGGCGUUCCAUCACCUGUUCAAGUAUGCAGACAACACGGAUGUGGCACUGAUGCUGGUUGGCACCAUAGCAUCACUUGCAAGUGGCAUGUCCCAGGUGAUCAUGACGAUCAUCUUCGGGCAGAUGGUAGAUGCCUUUGGGAAAUCAUCCCCCAGCAACAUUCUACAUCAAGUCAACAAGGCGGUACUAUAUUUUGUCUACUUGGGCAUUGGAUCAGGAGUUGUCUGUUUUCUCCAGGUAUCAUGUUGGGCCAUCACUGGGGAAAGACAAGCCACUCGCAUUCGAUCUUUGUAUCUCAAGACAAUUCUGAGACAAGAUAUGACAUUCUUUGACAAGGAAAUGACAACUGGACAAGUUGUCUCCAGUAUCUCUGCUGACACUACACUAAUCCAAGGUGCUAUUGGUGAGAAGGCUGGGAAGUUUCAACAGCUUGUUACCACUUUCCUGGGUGGUUUCGUGCUAGCAUUCCUCAAAGGCUGGCUUCUCACCCUCGUCAUGCUUUCUACCAUACCACCAUUCAUCUUUGCAGCUGGAAUUGUCUCAAAGAUGUUAGCUGAAGUAUCUAGUGAGGGCCUAGCAUCAUACAGACAAGCAGGGGAUAUUGUUGAACAAACAGUUGGAUCCAUAAGAACGGUGGUAUCCUUCAAUGGUGAAAAGAAAGCCAUUGGCCUCUACAACGAUCUGGUAAAGAAAGCAUACAAGGGUGCGGUUAAGGAAGGGUUUAUCCAAGGCUUUGGCAUGGGUUUCCUUAACUUAGUCUACUUCUCCAGCUUUGGAUUAAUUGUAUGGUAUGGCAGUAAGCUAAGCCUCAGUAAAGGAUACAGUGGAGCGGAUAUCAUGAACAUCUUGUUUGGUAUCAUGAUAGGUGCAAGUGAAAAAGUUAACGAGUUAACACAUUUCUAUAUCAUGUAUGAAGAAGCAAGUCAGGUUGCAACUGAGGCGAUUGGUAGCAUCAGAACAGUAGCAUCUUAUUGUGCUGAGAAGAAAGUGAUGACAAAAUACAAUCAGAAAUGUCAAGCUUCUAGACAUCAGGGAAUAAGAACGGGGAUAGUUGGAGGCAUUGGUUUUGGUUUCUCAUAUAUGAUGUUGUUCAUGACCUCUGCUCUUUGCUACUACAUUGGUGCAAAGUUUGUUAGUCAAGGCAAUUCUACUUUUGGCGAUGUCUUCAAGGCUUUCUUUUCUUUAGUUGUGGCCAUGCUGGGAGUAUCAGCGACUGCUGCUAUGGCUUCUGACUCAAGCAAGGCAAAGGAUUCUGCUUCUUCCAUAUUUGAAAUCUUAGAUAGGAAAUCUCAAAUUGAUUCCAGCAGCAACAAAGGUUUAACCUUGGAGCUUGUCAAGGGUGACAUUGAAUUCAUGCAUAUCAGUUUCAGAUACCCAUCCCGUCCAGAUGUUCUAAUCUUCAGUGACUUUACCUUGAGCAUCCCUUCUGGGAAGACUGUGGCACUUGUUGGUCAGAGUGGCAGCGGCAAGUCUACAGCAAUCGCUUUACUAGAGCGUUUUUAUGAUCCUGAUUAUGGUGUAAUCUUAUUAGAUGGAGUAGAAAUCAAGAAACUAGAGAUCAGUUGGCUGAGGGACCAGAUGGGAUUAGUUAGCCAAGAACCAGUACUUUUCAAUGGUACGAUACGUGCCAACAUAGCUUAUGGAAAGAAUGAAGAAGUGAGUGAGGAAGAGAUUGUGGCAGCUGCUCAGGCAGCAAAUGCACAUGAGUUCAUAUCAAGUAUGCCACAGGGGUACAGCACCGGUGUAGGAGAGAGGGGAACCCAACUAUCAGGUGGGCAAAAACAGAGGAUAGCCAUUGCAAGGGCUAUCCUCAAGGAUCCUAGGAUACUACUCCUGGAUGAAACGACGAGCGCAUUGGAUGCUGAGUCAGAGAGCAUCGUUCAAGAAGCACUGGACCAUGUGAUGAUUGGAAGGACAACCGUCGUCGUUGCACACCGCCUCUCCACAAUCCAAGGAGCUGAUAUCAUUGCAGUCCUCAAGGAUGGUGAAAUUGAGGAGAAGGGGAAGCACGAGGCACUGAUGGGGAUUGCUGGUGGAGCUUAUGCUUCACUUGUGGAACUUCAUCACAAAUCGUAAUGUAACAUAAUGCAAAGAUGAAGGUAAUGGGGGCAAUUUGAGCCAUCAUGAUUUUUGGUUGUCAUGAUUUUACA